UCUCCUUUUUUCCCUCGGGGGUUUCUCCUAUGUCUGUGGGUUCUUUUUGAGGUUGAACUCAAUAGCUUUGCAUUAGUCUCGAAAGAUCGAAGCAUUUACUUCAUCAAAUGGCUGUUUUCCUGCUGCUUUUGCUCUUGCUUGUAUCUGCUGUUUCCGGUGAUGAAGAUGCCUUUAUUGGUGUGAACAUCGGCACGGACAUUUCCGACAUGCCCAGCCCUACUGAAGUGGUUGCCCUUCUCAAGGCUCAGGGUAUAAGACAUGUCAGGCUUUAUGAUGCUGACCGAGCCAUUCUCCUCGCGCUUGCCAACACAGGCAUCCAGGUGACUGUCUCUGUCCCCAAUGACCAACUCCUUGGUAUCGGUCAGUCAAAUGCCACUGCAGCUAAUUGGGUGGCUCGCAAUAUUGUUUCCCAUGUCCCUGCCACCAACAUCACGGCAAUAGCUGUUGGAUCGGAAGUUCUCAAUGCACUCCCGAAUGCCGGUCCCAUCCUAGUUUCUGCCUUGAAGUUCAUCCAUUCUGCUCUUGUUGCUUCUAAUCUUGACAGUCAAAUCAAAGUCUCUACUCCGCAUUCUUCUUCGAUUAUUAUGGACUCUUUUCCACCUUCUCAAGCCUUCUUUAACCGAUCAUGGGAUCCAGUCAUGAUUCCGUUACUAAAAUUUUUGCAGUCAACAGGGUCGUACCUCAUGCUCAAUGUAUAUCCGUAUUAUGAUUACGUGCAAUCAAAUGGAAAAAUCCCAUUGGACUAUGCCCUUUUCCGUCCUCUCCCUCCUAACAAAGAAGCUGUUGAUGCUAACACACUCCUGCAUUAUACUAAUGUUUUUGAUGCUGUUGUCGAUGCAGCAUAUUUUGCAAUGUCUUAUUUAAACUUCACCAAUAUUCCGGUUGUAGUAACGGAGUCUGGUUGGCCCUCUAAGGGUGACUCAUCUGAGCCCGAUGCUAUAGUUGACAAUGCCAAUACAUACAACAGUAACUUGAUCAAGCACGUUCUUAACAAGACUGGGACUCCUAAACACCCUAGGAUUGCAGUUAGUACAUACAUCUAUGAGCUUUACAAUGAAGAUUUGAGAACUGGAUCAGACUCGGAAAAGAACUGGGGGCUAUUCGAUGCCAAUGGAAUACCAGUUUAUACCAUGCAUUUGACAGGUGCUGGUACUGUUUUUGCGAAUGACACUACAAACCAAACAUUUUGUGUUGCGAAGCGGGGUGCCGAUCCGAAGAUGUUACAAGCAGCUCUUGAUUGGGCAUGUGGACCAGGGGAAGUCAACUGUUCACCGUUGUUGCAGGGGCAUCCGUGUUAUGAGCCUAAUAACGUGGUUUCCCACUCAACUUAUGCUUUCAAUGCAUAUUACCAGAGGAUGGCCAAGUCUCCUGGGACAUGUGAUUUCAAGGGGGUGGCUAGCAUCACUACAACUGAUCCAAGUCAUGGUUCGUGUAGAUUUCCUGGAAGUUUCGGGAAAAACGGGACUUUAUUUAAUGGCACAUCACUGGCUCCGUCGUUGAACGAUACGAGUUCAGGAUGCCCACCACAAUACCAUGGGAGUGGUUCUUUCACAACCUCUGUGAUAAUAGGUGCUUUGCUCAUGGGCGCUGUUUCCUUGUAGAACUUGUUUCUGUUUUAACAGCAUCAAAAUCUAUUGAAAAUUCCGAUUCUCCGUCUCGUUGGAACACAUGCAGCAUAUCCGGUUUUGUUUCUCGUAUGAGUUCGAGUUGCACGAUGGAAAAUUUGAUCAUGGAAACAUUUGGCUAGAAAGGUAGUUUUAAAGAUGAGUUAUUCAAGAUUGUUGAGGUGUUUGUCUCUUAUAACAGUGGGCAGUGGGUUGUAUUCUUUGGAUUUUGUUUGAAGUUCAUAUUGUGUACUUCAACAUAUUUGUUGGAUCAGCCAAAGGCUUCUCAUUUUUAUACAUUCAAGUUCAUA